AUGUACUAUGCUGUAGACAAGUACGGUGAGGCCUAUAAUACCAUUGUUCGCAGUUGUUCGAGUCACUCGUCGUGCCAAUUGGUAUUGUUUGUGUCGUGUUUGAAUGUAGAUGCGUUGUGUGCUGCAAAGAUUCUAUCUUUGCUGUUUAAGAAGCAGUUGAUCCAGAGUCAGAUAGUUCCUGUGUUUGGUUACUCCGAGCUGAAAACCCAUUAUGACCAGAUUGAUGAUAAUGUCAACACUGUAAUGUUUAUUGGAUUUGGUGGUGUUGUUGACCUUGAGACCUUUUUGGAGAUUGACCCUGAAGAAUACAUAACAGAGAAUGCCAAGUGGAAGAAGCGUGUUUCUAAGCGAUACAUAUACGUGUGGGACGCACAGAGGCCAUGGAAUCUGGAUAAUUUGUUUGGCUCUGAAAUAGUACAAUGUUUUGACGAUGGUACUGUAGAUGACCAACUUUCUGAAGUGAAAGAAGCAUACUAUAAGUUGAUCCAGUUGGAAAAAGAGCAGGAUGAAGAUCAAGAUCCAGAUGGUGACGAUGAAGAUGACAAUAAUGAGGAUGAUGUUGCAACUGACCAGGAUGAAGACGAUGAUGACGACGAUGAUGAUGACGACCCAUAUUCUAAGAAGCGUUCCCUAAGUGAUAGUACAGAUAACAACAAAAGGAAGCGGAAAAUGAGGAAACAACAGAUUCAUAAAUAUGAGAGUAUAAUCGAUGACUACUACGCUCAAGGUGUUACUGUAGUAAACUCGCUAGCUGCUCAGGUCUACUCAUUAUUAUCAUCAAUUGGUGAAACUACGUUACAAAAUUUAUGGCUAACUAUACUGGGAACUACUUCUUUAGAUACGGCAUUCACACAAAUCUAUAAUAGGCUUUGCCCUCUACUCCAGGAUGAAGUAAGAAGAUUAUCGCCAAAAAGCACAGGAGUGAAGACACCAGACACUUUGACGCUAAACAUCCAACCUGACUACUAUCUUUUUCUUCUAAGGCAUUCAUCACUGUAUGAUAGUUUCUACUUCUCAAACUAUGUAAAUGCCAAGUUAUCACUGUGGAAUGAAAGCGGAAAAAAACGUUUACAUAAGAUGUUUGCUAGAAUGGGUAUACCGUUAACCACAGCUCAGGAGUCGUGGUUAUACAUGGAUCACUCAAUCAAAAGGGAAUUAGGUGUGAUAUUCGAUAAAAACCUAGAUAGGUAUGGUUUACAAGAUAUUGUCAGGGAUGGUUUUGUCCGUUCAUUUGGUUAUAGAGGAUCCAUUAGUGCAAGUGAAUACUUGGAGGCACUUAAUGCAUUAUUAGAAGUGGGAGAAGCUAUUCAUGACGAUGGUAUAUCAUCAAAGGAUGAGGAAGACGAGACUCUGACAGAGCAAGAAAACAAAAGUCUGAAAUUACAUAAGAGAUGGCUAUCCAAUUUCUGGUUAAGUUGGGAUGCCCUUGAUGAUAAGAAACUCGAUAUCCUAAAACUUGGUAUUCAGCAUGCCCAAAUCUUACAAAGGGCCAUAUUCAACACCGGUGUAACAGUACUAGAAAAGAAAAUGAUAAAGCAUUUACGGAUCUAUAGACUUUGUGUUCUAAGGGAAGGACCUGAUUUAGAUCUAUACAGAAAUCCAUUGACACUGCUUCGAUUAGGUAACUGGCUAAUGGAAUGUUGUGCAGAAUCAGAGGCCAAGCAGUUGUUGCCAAUGGUAUUAGCUAGUCUUGACGAAGCCACGGAUACGUACCUUGUGGCAGGUCUUGCUCCCCGAUACCCGAGAGGACUAGACAUGCUCCAGAACCGGAAACCUAUUUUGAAUAACUUCAGCAUGGCUUUUCAACAAAUCACUGCACAGACUGGUGCAAAGGUCAAGAUAGAUAACUUCGAGUCAUCGAUCAUCGAAAUCAAGAAAGCGGACCUCUCACCAUUCCUAGAAAAGUUAACACUAAGUGGUUUAAUCUAG